UGCUCUUUUCCAUCAGUGCUUGAGAGAAGCUGAGCUCUCUCAAUCAUUCAUCGUCCAAACCUGCAGGAAACACACGCACCGGUUCACCUGCCGCUGACACCAGAGUAAACAUGUUCUUCAGACGGGCAUGGCAGAGAGUCGGGCCGCUGGCACGGAGGGUUUUCAGACCGGUGUCCAGGGACGCUGUCCCAGUGCGACACAUGGCCUUUGGAGGGUUUCCCGGAGGCUCCACCAACAUGACAUACUUUGUUUUGUGCGGAGGAGGCCUCACUGCUGCUGUCGUCUAUGCCUACAAGACGGUCAAUGGUGAUACUGAGCGCUAUGAGGAGCGGCUCGCCAGCAUGGGCUCCACAGAAACAGCCAAGGCCGCACCAGAGGCAGCAGCUCCUGCAGCUGAGCCCAUCGCAAAGGAGUUGGAAGCACCUGCCGCCGAGGCAGCCAUCGAGUCGGUCUCUGCUCCUGCAGAACCAGUAGCAGAGACGUCCGCCGAGCCUGUUGUUGAAGCCUCGCCUGAAGAAGAAUCAGCCGGUGCGGCCUCUGAAUCGAUUGUCACUGAAGCUGCAGCAGAGCCGGCCGUCACGGACGAUGCUGCUCCUCCUGCGGCGCUAGAGGAGCUUCCUGAAGCUGCUGUGGAAGUCGCCGCCACAGUGGAGACGCUCGCGGAGGCCCCUGCAGCAGAGAGCGCUGAGCCCAUGCCAGAUCUGCUGACAGCCGUGAAGAUCUUGGCCAACUCCACAGUUGAGAUUGCAGCGGCUUCCGUUGGUGAGACAGAUCUGGUGAAAGCUGUCCUUGAAAUUGAAGCAGACGGAAAAGGACCGGACUCCACACAGGAGGUGUCUGAACCAGAGGCCCUGGAGGCGGCGACAGAGUCAGAAGCUAAGGAAGCGCCUGAAGAUGCCCCUGUAGCAGAGAUCGAGGAGGAGCUGAGGUCUGCUGAGCCAGAGGAAGAGGCUGGAGCAGAAGAUGGACAGGCUCCGGCUGUUGAAGAAGCGAUGGCAGAGGAGACACCUGCUUCUGCUGAGGCAGAGGAGGAAGAGAAGGCCUCUUCAGCCCCGACAUUAGAGGAGGUGGAAGAUCAGGCCUCGCACCCUGAAACUGCUUCUGAGGAGGGUGUCUCCUGCGCUGAAGAUGCUGUUCCUGCUGAGGAAGCUACACCUGCUGCAGAAGCCACUCUGUCAGAUGAGAUGGCAGCAGCAGAGGAGGCAGCAGCCAAAGCUGCAACAGAGGGGACAGUUGGAGCAGCUGUUGAUACCGAUCAGCUGGCAGCAGCCUCCACCGGGUCGGACCUAGAGGCCCUCUCAGCUGCAGUUUCAGAAGCUACUUUGGAGGCUCCAGUGCAGGAGGCUAAACACUGCCACUCCUGUCACUCUGCCCCAUCAUCAGGAGAGGAGGUGGCGCCACCUGCUGCCUUGGGAGAGGAGCUGGUCACUGAGGAAGCAGUGGAUAUUGCACACGAAACCAAAGAAGAGGUUUCACAGAUGGAAGGACAAACCAUUGAGUCUGUGGUGGUGGUGACGGUCUAGACAUGACUCAACAGACAGUGUGCCUUCCACAACAGCCGCCUAUCGUUCAGUCAAACCAGGAUGACUGAUGGAAGAUAGACUUGACCAAUGUGUAAUUUCUGAAAUACAGUAUGUUUCUUGGCUGUGCAAUCUGUACUAGCGUGUGUGGAAUGAUUCUCAGUAUGUCCACUAGAUGUCUCUGUUGCACACACUCUUUAAUGAUAAGUCUAUUUAAAGGCAUUGCGGUAGGUAUGGCAAAUGUUUCUGUAAUACUGUGAUAGACUGCACUUUAUACCAAGAUAUCAAUCGGGGGCUCACCUCCUAUAUUUGUCAUUUACCUGUUCAUAUCAGCUGACACAACAGUCUAUAGGAUUUGCAUUUAUGUCUCAUAAUACAAAUCCAAGUGCAAAAGUAUUGAAAGUGAUGAAUUCCUAGAGAAAAAAGAAACGUGAUGAAAUUGAAUUUGGUGCGUGCACAUUUUCUAUUUUUCUAGUGUUGUUGCUGAAUAUAUUUUACCCUCUGCAAGAACAUUUUAAUUUAAUCUUAAACAAUUCUGUCUGUGAAGGUACCAGUCUUCCGGGUCAGGGUAAUCCAAAAGGCAUUUAAAAACAAGCAAAUGGUAGAGUCCAGCUGUAAAUAACUAUUUUUUUUUAAAUUCCUUUUGAAUAUUAUUGAUUCCAUUACAUCAUUUAACAUUGACAAUUAUAUUAAAUAUUAAUGCUACAUCAGGGCAGAAUUUUGCAAGCAUAAAAAGGCUCCACUGUGAUUUGCAGAAAAAAAAAAGAUAUCAAAGUGUUGAAUUUGAAUGUUGGUAGGAACCAAGAAUUAAUAAAAUGAAAAGAAACGAAAUAAUAAAAACAAAUAUAUAUUUGUGUGUCUAUACAUUUGCAUGUGUGAUAUUAGUGAUUUUAGUACUAUGCAAAAGUCAUCUGUGUUGUCAUGAUAAUGUCCUCGCGUUUCAAAUAAAGUGAU